AUGUCUGUUAGAAUAGCAUUACGGACUGCUUAUCCGCGAGCUCAUUCAAUUUCACUAAAAAAAAAAUAUCUUGCACAAUCUUCAACGCUACCACGGUGUUUGCAAACCUGGAGUCCGCAGAUAGCAAUAGGAUCACAGCGACACGUGAAAAUUGUCGAAGUUGGACCACGUGAUGGGCUACAGAACGAAGAAAAAUUAGUGCCGACUGAUGUAAAAGUCGAAUUGAUUGAUAAAUUGGCAAAGGUUGGACUAAAAUCUAUUGAAGCGACAAGUUUUGUUUCGCCGAAAUGGGUUCCACAGAUGGCAGACGCAAGUCAAGUAAUGUCACUGGUUCCCCAAUAUCCAAAUGUUCGGUAUUCGGUGUUGACACCGAAUCUUUUUGGUCUUGAGGCUGCAAUAGCUGCCGGUGCAAAAGAAGUGGCAAUAUUCGGCGCCGCUUCAGAAACAUUUAGUAAAAAGAACAUUAAUUGCACAAUCGACGAAAGUCUAGAGCGAUUUCGGGUGGUUGUAGAUCGAGCAGUAAAAGAUGGAAUAUUGGUACGAGGAUAUAUUUCGUGUGUACUUGGGUGCCCGUAUGAAGGACACGUGGAACCAGAGGUGGUCGCAAGAACAGCAGAGAAAAUGUACAAGAUGGGGUGUUAUGAAAUUUCAUUAGGUGAUACGAUCGGUGUCGGGACUCCGGGGUCGACGAAAAAAAUGAUUAAGCCUGUUGCUAAGGUUGUCCCAGUUGAUAAAUUGGCAAUGCAUUGUCACGAUACAUAUGGCCAAGCACUAGCCAAUAUUCAUUGUGCUUUAGAACUUGGUGUAAGAGUUUUUGAUAGUUCGAUUGCAGGUUUAGGUGGAUGCCCUUUCGCUAAAGGAGCAACAGGUAAUGUGGCCACUGAAGAUCUAGUAUACAUGCUACAUGGCAUGGACUUCGAAACAGGAGUAAAUCUAAGAGAACUUGUUCAAGUGGGAAAUUACAUUUCCGAAAAACUGGGUCGAAAAAAUGUGUCAAGAGCUGCAACAGCGUUAUCUGCAGCAGCCAGACUUUAA